AUUGGCUGUAAGUCAAUCAGUUUCCAAAGCUUUGAGAGCCUCACCUCAUUGUCAUUUUCAGUUACUGCCUUUUUGGUGGCUUGAAUUUGCAUCCAUAAACCGUGCGCGCACACACACAGAAAUAAUAAUGUUGGGAUUUCUGAAUGUGUCUUUCAGUAGUCCCACUUUGUUGGAAAAUAUAAACACGCACACACAUAUAUAUAUAUAUAUAUAUAUAUGUGUGUGCGUGUAAUAUAUAUAUAUAUUACACUUUUGUACUUAUAAAGUCAGUUUAAAAAUAAAGAACAAGAAAGUUGUUUUUUUUACUCAACUAAUAACUAAAAAGCAGCUCUGAGUGAUGAUGCUGUCCGUGAGGUCAGUGGUCAGAGAAAAGGGCUAUUUCAGGAGUAAGUGGAUUAGGUGGUAAAUCUCAAGCGAGUCUGAAAUAGCUGCUUUAUUCACUCUUUGGCCUGGUCUGAGCACAGAACACAGCAGAAUUAACUCGGACGCUUGCUGUUGGAAAAUGAGCAGGACGACCGGCCGUAAGCUUUGCACCGUGAAGAAGAUUGUGCGUCUUAAAAGAAGACUAAAUAAAUGAUAUAGUGUCAUUUGCUUUUGAUUCUUACAACAAAACGGUGCAUUACUGAGGGACAAGUUAUCAAAUCAACUGUGGAUUCGAUGGAUCGGAGGGAAAGUGAAGUUGAUUUUCUCUAGCAGUUUUUGGGUGAGUAGUAGUCUCAACUCAUUCUCUAGACAAUAUCAGCAAAUUCAAGUACAGGUGAAGCAAUAGGAAAUGCAAUUGAAUGUUUUGAAUGAAGACAGGUUAUAGCAUUUGUUUGAGAAACUUUGGAUGGAUGGAAAUUUUCUUGUUGCUUGGAUGGAAACUACUUGUGCAGCUGUAUCUGUACUCACCACAAAAAUAAGCAGCACACUGUUUUUGAUAAUGACCUACUACCAUAAGAAAUUUUUCUUUGGGCAACAAAUCAGCAAAUUAUAAUGAUUUCUGAAGAAUCGUGCUGGAGUAAUGAAGCUGAAAAUAUAUUGCCAUGGAGGAGGGAGUAUCAUGGACUUUGUGACGGGUUCCAGGGUUCCCCGAGCCAAAUACACAAUGGUACGAGAGGCGCUGUGUUAUAUGAUCCCCUAUCAUAUGCAGUGCUCCAUGGGAUGUGGAGGACCGGCCUGCAAGUAUGAGGACCCUUCACACUGGAGUGAAGAUGAUCAGGCCAUUAGAGGAAUCUACUCAUCUUGGAUCACUGAAAAUCUGCUGGCUAUGGCCCGCCCUUCUACAGAAAUCAUUGAAAGAUUUGAUGUAAUAGACCAGUUUUUGAGAUGUGGUUUGAAGACAGUUAUUAACCUCCAGUGCCCUGGCGAACAUGCCAGCUGUGGUAACCCACUGGAUCCCGAGAGCGGCUUCACUUAUCGACCGGAGACAUUCAUGGAGGCUGGCAUAUAUUUCUACAACUUUAGAUGGAAUGACUAUGGUGUGGCAUCUCUUACAUCCAUCUUGGAUAUGGUAAAAGUCAUGUCUUUUGCCGUUCAAGAAGGCAAGCUGGCUGUUCACUGUCAUGCAGGGCUUGGCAGAACAGGUGUGUUGCUGGCCUGUUUCUUGUUGUUCACCACACAGAUGACAGCAGACCAAGCCAUUCUUUUAGUUCGAAGCAAACGACCAAACUCAAUCCAGACUAGAGGACAGCUCCAGUGCGUUAGGCAGUUUGCUCGUUUCCUGGUUCCGCUAAGGAACGUGUUUGCUAAUGUCGAGUCUAGAGUGCCACCCGUUUCUCUUUCACAAUACUUGAUCCGCCAGAAACAUAUACUGCAUGGAUAUGAGGCUCGGAAGUUGAGAUACAUGCCAAAGCUCAUCCCGCUCAUUUGCAGGCUUCUACUGGACAUCGCAGAGAAUCGCCAGGUUAUCGAGGAGGACGUUGUAGAAGUUCCUGACGUCACACCUAUGGCAGAGAAAUCUUUUAAUGAGAGUUCAGUAUAUCAAUUAAACAGAGAGAUUUUGGGAAAUGGGAUGACUAUGAUCCAGCCACGGCUUCCAGGUCUACCCAAUAGAGCCAAUAGAGACAACACACAACCUCUUUACUAUGUCCGUAAGAGCCUUAGCUACAGCGAGUCUGACCUUCAGAGGUUAGCAGCAUCUUUAAAUCUCUCGGAUAACCCUCUCAGUGUUUUAGCAAGCAUCCACUCAACUGACAUCAGCAAUCAGCUAGGAGCUUUCAACUGUGUUUCCCAGAACUACAUCAUACCUUCUCUGGGGACUUGUAAGGACAAUCCCAUCUACAGCUCAACCAGUAAUAUAUGGGAGCUAAAAACGCUUAUGGACCAGACUGAAGGAUCUCCCCUGCUCAAAAACAGGAGGCAGUCUGUUUUGCUGCGAAGCCAAUCUCUAAUUGUUUCAGAUGACAAAAGCACCACAAGCAUUGCCAGAAUAUUGUCUUACUGGAGGAGAGACUGUACACAAAAUACACACCCUGACAAAGCUCAACACAAUGAAAAAGAGCAUUCAGAGGUGCCCUUCAUCACUGUCCAGUCUGAGUUGUCUUUGGAGUCACGUCGUCUCCUCGUGGCUCAGUCCCUUGCGGUAGACCUCGAGAAUGAUGGAGAUAAAGAACAAAUUCAGAAGGUGUCUACGUGGCAGGAAGAUCUUAAUUGUCAAGGUGCGUGGGAGCGACUGUGUUUGGAAAAAGACCCAUUUAUCUUGUCUGGAAUCAUGUGGUCCUGGCUGGAACAACUCAAAGAUCCAGUCAUCUCAACUCAUGAUGUUCACACACUAAAAGAGGCCAACCAGGACCCCGAAACUGUGCUCAAUUGCCUAGAUAGGGCUUCAAAAGAAACAGGAAUGUGCAUUCUGGACUGUUUCGCCCGUUUAUUAAUAAUUCCUGAGGAAGUCGAGAGUGCAUUUCUGGAUCGAGCGGCAAAAGCUUUAACAAAGAUGAAAAACACAGACGGUGGGAAGAGUGUCCAUGAAAUCAUGAAAGGGGUCUUGAAGCUUGUUCUGCAUCACCUGAGAUUGGCUGCCAUAAAUGAGUUUGAGGUCUAACACAUGCAACAAACACUAAACUACAGUUAACUACAAAGAAAAUGAGUUUAUUUUUAUUAAGACAAGCUCUACACAUCUGCUGCUGAUGUUUCUUUGGUUGUUCCUCAAAUCUCGGUUCAGAUGAAGAAUUCAACAUAAUUUAGCCCACCGAUAGAUUGAAUUAUAACUGUACCAUUUUAAGAUGUUAGAAAUGUGUUUAACACGGUGAACUGUUUGAUGUAAAAGAAAUACCAUACACUGUAUGUUAUGUGCCAUAGUGCUAAUACUUGAAAGCAUUGCAACUGAAACCUCUCAUUUUUGUACCAUGUUUGUACAGUUAUUUGUAAUAAAAGAAAUAGAUUGCACAUAA